AUGAAGUUACGAUCGAUCCCGGUCUGCCACGGGCGAAGGCAGAGGCCGGGUUCGGGUUCGGCUGCUCCUGCUGCGUCGGUUGCUGAACCUCCAGCGGGGACUCUCCAAAUAUAUCAUCGAAAUGGUCGUGAUACGGCUGCUGCUGCUCUUGUUGAUGAGCAUGAAUUGAGCCGAACAUGCGGUCGAUCGUCGCCUCAUCAAUGUCAUCGGCGACACCGAGAACAUGCACAUGUAUCGAUGGACUCGCAAAUUCCAGCAAUCUCGAGGAAGACGUGCCGGUGUCGAUAUUUCUACGUUUCUGUACAGAAUUCGAACUACGACCACCAUUAG